AGUCUGUACUUUAGCCGGUUUCUGAUUAUCACUGGAAUGAGCCGGCGCAUCAGAGGUUCCCAGUCACAUGACUCGGUGCCGCCAUUUUGUCUUAGGGGUGAAGUGUGAGGUAAAAAAAAGAGACGGAAUAGGGGAGAGAAACCGGAAAAGGAGAGGAGAUAGCGAUAGAGAGUGGGAGUGGGGGAGAGGAAGGCAUAAAGGAUAGAAAGGGGAAAAGGCUUGUACGCACUCCCCCACUCUGCCCGGCCGGGUCACCGCUCAUAAGGAUUUCCUUUAGCCUCGUUAUACGGUGACCCGGAACCGGGGGAAGGAAGGCAGGGUAUCGGGUGACACAGGGUUGUAGUGACAGCGCCCGUGUGUGUGUGUACGUGUUAUUCAGUGUGGGUUGCUGCCCGGUCGGCACGGAGAAGGAUCAUGUCGGGCCAGUCCAUCACAGAUCGGAUCACGGCGGCUCAACAUAGUGUCACUGGCUCCGCCGUGGCCAAAGCCGUAUGUAAGGCGACAACCCAUGAAAUGAUGGGUCCCAAGAAGAAACAUUUAGACUAUCUUAUACAGUGUACAAAUGAGAUGAAUGUAAACAUCCCUCAGCUGGCUGACACACUUUUUGAGAGAACCGCAAAUGGGAGCUGGGUUGUAGUAUUUAAAGCUCUCAUCACAACACAUCACCUCAUGAUGUACGGCAAUGAGAGAUUUAUUCAGUAUCUUGCAUCCAGAAAUACUUUGUUUAAUCUUAACAACUUUUUGGAUAGAGGUGCCAUGCAAGGGUAUGAUAUGUCGACUUUCAUCAGGCGCUAUAGCAGAUACUUAAAUGAAAAAGCACUUUCCUAUAGACUUGUGGCUGUUGACUUCACCAAAAUGAAAAGAGGGGUAGAUGGCGUGAUGAGAACCAUGGUUACGGAAAAGCUCUUGAAAACGCUUCCAAUCAUUCAGAACCAGCUGGAUGCUCUCUUAGAUUUUGAUGCAAAUCCCAACGAACUAACAAAUGGUGUUAUAAACACUGGUUUCAUGCUUCUUUUCAAAGACUCUAUAAGGUUAUUUGCUGCUUAUAAUGAAGGAGUCAUUAACUUGCUAGAAAAGUACUUUGAUAUGAAAAAGAACCAGUGUAAAGAAGCCCUGGAUAUCUAUAAAAAAUUUCUUGCUCGAAUGACAAAGCUUUCAGAGUUCCUCAAAGUGGCAGAGCAAGUUGGAAUUGAUCAGGGUGACAUUCCAGACCUUAAUCAGGCACCCAACAGUUUGCUGGAAGCACUUGAACAACACUUGGCAUCUCUUGAAGGGAAAAAAACAAAAGAAGUCUCAGCUGCCAGCAGAGCCAGUACCUUGUCGACUGCUGUUUCUUCCCUUGCUACAACAGGAAUGUCUUUUAGUAAAAUGGAUGAGAGAGAGAGACAACAGGCUCUUGAAGAAGAGCAAGCAAGACUGCAAGCACUUAAGGAACAAAGAUUGAAAGAAAUUAAUGUUGGAUCAAACUCUACAUCUACAUCUGCAUCUCCAAGCACUUUAUCUGGCAAGAGCGUGAAUGCCUCUGCAUCUGUGGAUUUGUUUUCAGCACCUGCGCCAACAACAAACAGCAUGCCUAACCUUAGCAGUGAUCUAUUUGAUCUACAACCCACAUUUGUACCCACUGUACAAAGUACCCCUGCCAUUGCAACGUCUGUCAAUGCCUGGGGAGGCCAAUUUUCCUCAUCAAAUGGUGUCAGUUCCCCACCACAUCUGGACGUCUUUGAUAUGCAGCCUGUUGAAGAAGUAGUGAAGUCUACCCCAACAUUCAGUUCAUCUUCUUUUCCCUCCAAUCAAACAGUGGGACUUCUUAGUGGUUACCCUUCACAUUCAGGACAGAACACCUCUGGAGGGAUGAAUGUUGACUUUGAUGCUGUCUUUGGUGCCAAAACAUCUGCAUAUGAAAGUAUAGACCAGCAUGGUACACUUUAUGACAACUUUACAGACAAUGUUUUACAACCAACUGUACCACAGCCAAACCAGAAGUCUGUAGCAGUCAGCCAGCCAAGUGGAAAAUUAUUUGCAAGUGAUCUAGAUUCCUCUCUCGCUAACCUUGUGGGAAAUCUUGGCUUUGGAGGAACGCCUUCAAAAAGAUCUGACAUGCAAUGGAAUCAACCCUCAGAGAGGAAGCUAACAGGGGGCAUGAACUGGCAAGCUAAGACAAGCACAUCGACCACAUGGAACGCUACUCCUGCAGCUUCAGUCCCACAGAUGAAUGGAGUGCAUUAUCCAGGAUAUGUACCUGCUCAGAUGAAUUAUCCAGUGGCUACACCCCAAGUGCCUGUGUAUGGAAUGGCUCCUACGCAGAUUGUGUCUAAUCCUCUGAUGGUUUCUCAGCCAAUGAUAUACUCACAGCAAAGGCCAACCAAUCCAUUUGCAACUGUUUCGGGGGCUCAGUUGCAGUUUAUGUGAAGCAGCCAAAGCAAAAAAGGAUUCACUGACAACCAAAAAUUGGUGAAAGGCGAAUUUCCAGUUUCCUGCCAAUACAGUCUUUUUCCAGGGACACCAUGUAUUUCCAGUGUAUAAAAAUAUCCAUUCUUUGAACUGCAGUGCUUUAGAAAUUCAGAACUGUUCUUAUGCUGUGGAAUCCUAUGCGGGCUGCUUUGAGUGUUCAAAGCUGUUCAGAGAAUACAGUCUAUUCUUCCUACAACAUGGUGGCAGGUAAAAUUGGAUAAUCUACAUUUUUAAAUGUGAACAUUGAGGUGCCUUUGUCCAACCAACACUCAUAAAGAGUUUCCUAACUCAAUUCAUUAUACGGCUUACUUCCCUCCUUGUAUUUAUUGUACAAUAUGAACAGACCCCCCCCCCCCCUUUUUUUCCAGACAGUCCCUAAAAGUACACUGCUGCUGUAAUCAAGAAACAUUUUCAUGGUAUCAGCAGAUUUGGUUUGAGACCUGGGAACCAAGUUAUAUAAAAUAUCCAGGAAUGAGAUAUUGGGAUAAUAGAUUGAAAUGGACUGCACGGACCAAGAAAAACAUGCAACAGCAUUGCAAUAAGAUCACUUCAGGAAUAGGCUUUCAACUGUUGGACAUUAUGAUAAAGUAAAUGGUAAAGUAACACUGCAUAGCUUUGGGAUUCCUCUUCAUUCAUAUACAGUAGGAUCAGGUUGUCUUGCAUUUUUUUCUGGACCAUAGCACACUUUCUGUUUUGUUUCUUUUUAAAACAGACACAAGUAUAUUGGAGCGCUAGAACCCAAGAUUAAUCAUUUUCUUUUUUGCCACAAAAAUGAAAGUAAAACUCGUUAUGCUGUGCACCACUGAGCAUUAAACAGGGGGUUGUUGUCUUUGCAAUUUGUGCCACUUUAAGUACAGUAAGCCAAAAUUAAGUCAAUUUUAUUGUGUAAAUAGAAUAUCCUAAAAGAAAAUGUUUAAUGCUGAUGCUUCCUUGCGUUUAUUUCAGUUGCAUCCUUUGAAAAAGGAUUUAAAAAGUAAAACCUAUUAUCCUUGAAAAAAAAAAAAGAUAUAGUAAGUAAACCUAAUUAUUUCAGUAGAUAUAAUUUUUGCUAUUUAUUAAAUUUGGCACAAAAUAAAAUCUACACAAAUCUUCUCUUUCCAUAAAAGCUACAUGUGUUGCCUAAAAUAUAAAAGAAGACUGGAAAGGGCCAUUGGUUUUUGAUAGAACUAGAUCCUAGGUAGGGGAUCCAAAUGAAACUUUCUGCUAUUUUAAACUAUCUCAAGAAAUGAAAGUUCACCAUGUUAUAAUAAAAAUGAAUUGUAAACUUUGA